UAAGAUCCGCGCUACUUUUCCUACGCGACAUCCAUGUUGGAGGAGUCUAUUUUUACCAACGUAAAAUUUCCACUCCUAAAAUAGCACAAAACUGAAGAUAUUUGCUGACAGAAUUUACUGGACAGUAAAAAUAGCAACGUUAUCACUUUAUUCAGAAUAAUUGUAUAUCACGUCUUGUAUUUGAAAACAAUAACAAACAGUCAUGGGUCGAAAGAAGAUUUCCAUCACUAGAAUUAAUGAUGAAAGAAACAGACAGGUGACAUUCACUAAGAGGAAGUUUGGUUUGAUGAAAAAGGCGUACGAGCUGAGCGUCCUAUGUGACUGUGAGAUAGCCCUUAUCAUCUUCACGACCAACAACAAGCUGUACCAGUAUGCUAGCUCGGACAUGGACAAGGUUCUGCUGAAAUAUACAGAAUAUAACGACACUGUUGUCAGCCAAACAAACAAGGAUAUUAUUGAUAUGUUGAACAAAAAGGGAGAUAAGGCUGAACUCGACGAUGAUGACGCCCAGUAUAUGUUGACACCGAGCACCGAAGAAAAGUACAAGAAGAUAAAUGAAGAUUAUGCCAAGGCUUUAUCUGGUGAAACCUCAUUAAACAUGUUUGCAAAUGUGCAGCAGCAGCAAGGUUUGCCUGUAUCGGUACCGGUACCCAACUCAGCUUACACUACGGCACAGCAGUUCACCAGUCAUGGUAGCAAUAUAGUUCUAAUACCAUCUGCUGGGAACACGGCCACUGUUGGAUCAUCACAUAGCCCAAAUAUUGUGAAUCUGAGCCCAGCACAAACACAGAACCGUGUAGCUGCAAGUCCGCAGACCAAGACCAGUACAUCACCGGCACCUGUGUCUGUUCAGCAGUCUAGGGAGUCAACUGAUGACAGUCCGGGUGGUGGGAGGGGUCGACCCAAUCUCAGAGUUGUCAUCCCUAGAGAUUCUGGUACACCUCAGCUGCAACAAUUAAAACAACUAAGCACGGCUUUAGAAACUCCUGUUGUUUCUAUAGCAACGCCCAGUGGAACAGGCCUGCCAUCCAAUCUUCAAUCAGCUUUGUUACCAAGUGCAUUAAACAUAAAUAGUGCGGAUCUGGAGUCAUUAAUGCAACCAUUAUUAUCUCAGAUGAACGUCGGACCUCUGACAGCAGCUGUCCAGGCUGCUGGAGUGCUGACAAGGUAA